AUGAUUUCUCAGGGUGCGUGUCCUGAUACCAUAACUUUUGGCAUUUUGCUGCACGGUCUCUGCGAAAAUGGACAGCUAGAAGAGGCUUUGGAAAUGUUUGAGGUUAUCCAAAAGAGUAAGAUGGAUGUUGAUACUGCUACUUAUAAUAUCAUCAUCCAUGGAAUGUGCAAGGGUAGUAAGGUGAACGAAGCAUGGGACUUAUUUUGCAGUCUCCCCAUCGAUGGUGUUGAGCCUGAUGUUCAAACUUAUAAUAUAAUGAUAUCUGGAUUCUGUGGAAUAAGUGCAAUCUCAGAAGCAAAUGCGUUAUUCCGUAAAAUGAAGCACAAUGGAAAUGUGCCAGAUCACUGCACAUACAAUACACUAAUCAGAGGAUGUCUUAGAGCUGGUGAAAUAGAUACCUCAGCUGAACUUUUCACGGAGAUGCGAAGCAGCGGGUUCAGUGGAGAUGCAUUCACCAUGAAAAUGGUUGCUGAUAUGGUAUAUGAUGGUAGAUUGGACAAGAGCUUUUCGGAUAUGCUGUCUUAG